ACCUAUGAAACCACCUGUUUAUUCAACCACAAUCCAUUUCCACAACCUGUUCCGAUUCCAAUGGUUCCAUUUGUGACUCGGCAAUAUUUAUGCGGUGUAGAUAGUCCCCAAUCAUAUGUUUAUAGUUUUGGUGUUAGGGAAUGAAUUAAAAACAAAUAUUUAAUAGGAUUAGCGUCAGUGGUUAAUAAACAAGCAUGUUACGAGACCUGAUAACGUGGGUGCUGAAUACGUAUCUGGGAAAGUAUCUGGAGAACUUGAAUUCUGCCCAAUUGUCGGUGGCCCUGCUUUCGGGCGAAGUUGAGCUCGAGAACAUACCCAUACGCAAAGAUGCCCUCCGCUCGUUCAAUUUGCCGGUCGAAGUCACCGCCGGCACAAUCCGCAAAAUCAAACUCGAGAUUCCCGUCCGCCAGUUUAGGACCUCGCCAUGGUGCAUCUCCAUCGAAGGCCUGUUCUGCAUUAUCUGUCCAAAGAACCUGGACAACUGGGACUACGAGAAGGAGAAGGUGCAGGAUCUGGAGUACAAGCUGGCCGUUCUGGACACAGCAGAAGCGGGCUGGCGGUCCGAAAAGGGCAAGCAAAUGGAGUCCUACUACUUCUCGUCCUACAACAACUGGCUGAAGUACGGCACCAACAUGGCCACCAACAUCAUUGACAACAUUGAACUCAAGAUAUCCGAUGUCCACUUUCGCUUUGAGGACAUCGUGGACACCGGCAAGAGCAAGAUAUGCACGGGGAUCAAGAUCGGAUCUCUGACCGCCCAGAGCUGCGACUGUGAUUGGACCAAUGGGUCUUAUAAAAUGACCAAUAACGAAAUGAACUACAAGCUGGUGGAGCUCAAAGAGCUCUCGGUCUACUGGGAUCUGUUGCACGAGGACAUCAAAUGUCAGUCGUACUCCAACCAGGAGAUCCUCGAAAAAAUGCACUCUACCUGCGAGCUGAGAGCCCACAACUUCAUCAUCAAACCCAUUUGUGCAACGGCCAGGUGGAAGCGCGAUAAAUGCCAGCAAGUGAUACGUACCAAAGACAAACCCAGGGUUUCCUGUGAACUCCUGGUUCCCGAGGUGGUCAUAGACAUCUCCAAGGUCCAGCGACUCCAAAUGUUAGAUAAGCUCUCAGAAAUCCGUCAAGUUAAGGAAGUUCGACAAUACAGGCUAAAGCGACCCACUUGCACCGUAGAAAGUAAUCCAACCUCAUGGUGGAAAUACGCCACCAUUUGCCAUGGAUAUGACUUUAAGAAAAAUGAGGAAAAGUGGUUAAUGCUCAAGGAAAAUCUUCGUUACAUGCUGCUAUACAAAUCAAUUAUAUUAAAUCCAAACGAAAAUCUAUCCGCUGCAGAUAAAGAGUUUAAAGCCUACAUCGAGAGCGAUAGAAAGAUCUCGGAUUUAACCAUAAUGAGAAGGAUAUGCUUUGAGAAAGUGUUUACGAAAGGUUUUGCCUUUGAAUCACAGAACGAGCAGGGAAAGAAUAUGCUCUUUCAUUGGUUUCCAAAUUGGAUGGGUUGGUAUGCAAACAGUCCAAGUACCCCAAAUAAUGAACAGGAUGAAUCCCUGAAACAUUUGGAAGAUGAUAUUCUCGUUGCGUUGGAAAACUCACUUCAGAACUCUUCUGAUUUAAAAAGCGAUGCUGUCUUCGGACACUUUUCAAUCAAGCUCCUCAAAGGACUGGUUAUCCUUCAGACCGAAGAUAAAUUAAAUGAUGGCAGAAAUAAGUCUAUGGAAAUGCAAUUCAAUAACUUCUCCGCCUACCUUCAACUCAGCCCACAGUUAACUUCUUACACUGUGGGCAUAUCCCUGCAAGAAGUAUACUUGAUAGACAAAACCAGUAGUGAUACGAUGCACAAUUAUUUAAUUAAGCCACAAACAGGGAAUACAGCUACACCAAACCAAGUAGUAAAGAAUGGUCUCCAGGAGGAUACCCUUUUUCAAUUACAAUACGAAAAUUGUAAUCACUUACGCUUUCAGCUGAACAUUAAAUCAAAAGGUUUGGAUCUUAUCUAUAAUGAGGAUGCGAUCCAGUGGCUUUUAGAUUUCCUGGCCGAUUCAAAUUCCUAUAAAUACUCACCGCGCAAUAGAGCCACGGAGAAAACUGACUUUAUGAAGAACUGGAAUCAAAUGUUUAGUGGAAAUGAGGUAAAUCGAAAAAUUUGGAUGUUUGAAAUUGAAAUUUUCGCGCCUCGAAUAAUAUUCCUGGAGAACUACAAAGUUAGCAAUUCGCUUAUGGUUUUGCUGGAUUUCGGAAAACUGGAAAUGAGGAAAAUGGAGGUUAAGAGAGUUAUACCUGUGAUAGAGUCGGCUGCAACGGAAAACACAAGCGAUGACGAUGAAACCUAUUUGACUCCAUGUUCGACUCCGCCUGCAUCGGAAAAAAGUGGUUCUGACUCUCCCACGCUGCUUGAAAAUCCACAAACGGAGAGCUUUCUGAACAAAAAUGUUCAAUUGGAGUACGUUUUGCACAAUAAGAUUUACGAUAAAUACUUGAUCAACUUUACAAACCUUCAAGUGCUGGUUUGCAAAUACGAAGAAAGGUGGCAAGCUUGCUUAAAAACAUCGUCGAAUUUUCAUCUGAUUGAUAAGUUUAAUAUUAACCUAACGCUCGAGCAAAGGAAUAUCUUCACCGUCGAUCCGGAAUAUCCAUCAUUUAUGCUCUUUGGCACCUGCCCAACCAUAUUAAUUCACGGGAACGAGGAACUCAUAAACAAUUGUUGCAACAUUAUAAAACCCAUCAUAAAGGCUUCAAAGGAAAUGGAGAACAUUUACCGAGGAGGCAACACGAUUUACGCAAGCGAAAGAAUUAAAAACCUUGCGGAAGACGAUAGAAGCCGAGUCGUCAUAGAGUUCGUAAUGGACCAACUGGUGAUCGAGAUGCAAUCGACCGAAAGGAGUAUUGCUGAGCUCCAAAUUAUUGGCGCACGAGCUGGACUAACAAAAGAACCGCAUGAGACGAAUAUUUCCAUGUCGGUUCACGGAUUACUCUUAGUAGAUGCCAUUCAGUCUUUCGGUCCCGAUUUCGAACUUUUGGUGGCUAGUCAUCGUCAUGUCGGAAUGGAUAGUUUAUCUGGCAGCCUAAAACAUAGUGCAAUUGUUUCGCCAACUUCGCCUGGAUCGCCAAAUUUUUUUGAUAGGGCUACUAGUCCGCACAUGAUUACAAAAGCAGUUCAAAAUAUUAAAAUGGGAGAUAGAUCCACAGAAUUCUGCGACGAUGAGGACUCAACAGCGCUCAUCUCGGUUGACAUCAAAAUUGUUCCACCCAACGAAAGCAAUUCAAUGCAACAGCACACCACAAACAUCACAUUCAACAGCUUGGACAUAAUUGGUAGGUGUAAUGCACAAUAUUAUAACCCAAGACCUAUAACUAUUUCCAACGUAUUUAUUUCAGCCAAUCAGGACACUAUUCUUGAAAUUCUAAACUUCGCUAAAAGAACCCUUCUAGCACAAAAUAUCUUUCCAAGCGAAAGUCCUGAACCACCACAGGAAGCAACUGAAGCACCAGUUGAUGUGGUUGACCAAGUUGAUCAUAGGAAUCAUAACGAGAUAUUCUUUGAUUUCUUCCGACUAAAUAUUCUGCUUUUGUACACCAUCAAGAGGGACAAAUUUAAUGUUGGUCGAAAAGUUGGAACUGUUACGCUGACGGAAGCUAAAAUCAAUGCAUCGUUUCAAUCGGACUUAAAAAUUCUCGGAUCCCUUGGUGGAAUACAAGUUAUCGACAUUACUUCUGAAGCGUUUUGCCAUCCAAGAAUUCUUUCUGUUGGCCGCGAUCAAAUUUUGAGAGCUUCCGACACAAAUAAGCAAACUGUUCUUAGUCAGCUUUCCAAUGAAAUAUACUCAAAUAAUUACAACGAGGAAAAGAGCGACGAAAGUGAUGCAAUAGGUUUUCAAAGCCACUGGAGUGACAAGACUACUUGCACUUUCCAAAUGCGAAUGGCAUCGGCUUCAUAUACUCAUUGUCCCAGGUUUUUGCGGGAUGUAAAUGCGUGCAUAACGUAUUUUAAGAGGAGCUUGCGAGAAUUCGCCACCUCCAUUGGUAAUAAAGCUACAGAUAUGGCCAAGGAGUUUGUGCAACAGGUUAGGGCAGUCGAGCAAAUUGGACCAGUUUACCCACAGCGAAAUCGCCAGGACAAUUGGCUUGAUAUAAUAAUCAGUAGUCCCAUAAUCAUUCUGCCCAUUUCGAACACAAGUACAAAUGUUUUGAUAGCCAAUUUGGGAAAGAUAAGUUGCUCCAAUGCAGUCAAAUGCGAUUCGGAUGACUUUAACGAGUCCUACACAAUUGAAAUUAAAAACACAUACGUAUACUCCUUGAACAUUGAUGAAGGGGAGUAUAGUUUCAAUGUUCACCCUGCCAAAAAUAAGGACGCAAUUCCCAUAUUGCAUGACACAGCAAUUACCUUGCAUCUUUAUGCCGGAUACAGUGACGACAAUGAUGAAGACAAACAACUAAAUAGAUUCUCAAUAAAAGGAAGUAUGGUUGAGGCCCUAAAAGUAUCGCUUAACCGGAAACAAUAUGAGUUACUUUUGGAAUCCAUUCGGUACGCAACUAAUUUCUCAAAUGAGGUUUUAAAUGAAUCGGAAGAUCUGGACCAAAACGGAGAUAUUGAACCCACUUCGAAUAGUGAUGACGAAUCCAUUAUAAGCACAACUAUUCAGUUCUCAGUUCCCGUAUUUCAAAUUAACCUGCAGAAUGAAUAUCACAAUGAUUUGAUAAAUUUAACAUUUAAAGACUUUAAUGUAAAACAUGUUUCGAAAGGAUUUGACAAGGAUGUGGAAGUCGUAUUGAAGUCGGUGCUAAUGGAGGAUCUAAAGUCGGAUUUAACAUCACCGUUUAGAAAUAUGGUGACUUCUGUGGAUCUUGAACAGAAGAUUAAGAAAAAUGAAAUGACAUCCUCUUCGUGUCCUGACCUACCGAGCUAUUGUAACUCACUAAAAAACCGAUCCAGCUCCGUUCCUUCCUGCUUCUACAAUCACAUGCAGGUUAAAGUCUUUGGCGGAGACAAAAAGCAUACAUCGUGCAACAAAAAUGAGCUGGGCAGAAAAAAAGAAAGUCAAACUUUGGUGAUUUACAAAUCCCAUACCGGAAGACCCGCUCAAAAUGGUAAACUGGAGCAAACAAGUUCCAUUCAAUUUAAUUGCUUGAAUUUGGCCAUUUGCGUUGAGCGUUGGUAUACUAUAUUCGACUUCUUUGGACUUGUUUCCGUUGAAAACUUCAAUGAAAAGUACCCGGAGGAGAAGAAACUCGUUGAAAAACAUAUUGACAAACUUUGUAGUAAGCUGAAGGUGUCUAUAAGGAGCUUCAACUUUACAUUGAUUCGGAAUGAGUCCCUCUUAUCCAGAGUCAAUGUGUCCAAUGCUGUAUUCAUGAUUCUUCAGGACCCCUUCUCCAAAAUCGUUGAAGGCUGCUUGGGAUCCGUGUCUGUUAAUGAUCUUACCAAAUACGGAAACAUUUAUAAACAGAAGUUUAGUACGAGUGGCACGGAAGCUUUGAACUUUGUUUAUAAAAAAAAACUCGUCGAUCUGGAUGCAUUAAAGACUUUGGACACCGACUCAACCCUGAGAAUUAACAUGUCUGCAGUACAUUAUAUACACACAAAGCGUUUUUCAACUGAACUACAUGUUUUUGUUAAAGAUCUACUGCAAUUGCAAACGCCUGUUAUAAGAAAACUGAAGAAACAUGGAGGUGAACAGAAUAUGCGUCCAUCGAAAAUGAAGCUAGUGAUUCAAGCAGACUCUCCAGUUAUAGUGCUUCCAUCGUCCUAUAACAGAAAUGAAGUUAUAAUCGCAUACCUUGGACAGUUUUCUCUGAAAAAUAGUUUCCAUUUUGCCAGUGACAACAAUAUAAUAAGCAAAACGAGUGCACCGCAAAGCAAAGAUGAAAUCCUGGAUGUAAUGCGCAUCGACCUGGUCAAUAUAAACCUAUUCUCCGGAGAAAGAAGCUCAAUGAAGGCUAAAGCUGAUCAGGAGAAAAAUCGAAUUAUUAUCGCUGAUAUGAACUUUCUACGAUUGGGUCAGCCGUUCUUUAAUGAGUCGUGCUUCCUUCACCUGCAGUUGGAGAGAAACCUUUCGGCAGAUGUUCAUCGCGUCUGUCCAGACAUCAGUGUUCAAGGAACCUUCUCCAAAUUGAGCGGCAUCAUCAAUAUUCAGCAAUACAAACUGAUUCGAAGUUUUUUGAACAACAAUAUUGGAGAACAAACCGAUGAUAUUUACAUGAACUACCACAAUAACAGUUGCACAUCUAUUGAACGUCUCUCUACCAUUAACCUUUUACCAAAAACUGAAGUGUCUAAAAUAGUGUCCAUUCUAAUUUCGAUUCGAAUUUUACUGGAAGACGUGUCACUGCUCCUGGCUUUGAAUACUUCACAAAGUUCUGCUCUAGAACCUUUGGCAUGUAUCCACUUUUUGAAAUCCACUCUGGAAAUCGACUUGUUCAGCGACGGUUCACAGGAUAUAGAUCUAAUAUCGAGCAACAUUCUGAUUGUUGACGAAAGGAAUGAAAGCGACAAGAGCAACGGAAAUGUGUUCAAAAACAUAUUAGAGCCGUCCAAAAAAGAGGUGCGUGUCGAGAAUUCCGUGCAGGUCGAAAUCCAUUGCAGGAAAAAAGCCAACUUCUCCAAGUACACAAUAAUGCUCAAUAACAUGAGAGUGUUUGCUCUCUUCAGUUUUCUGGAUCAGUUAAAAUCAUAUUUGCAAGAAGACUCACCGGCACCAGUAGUAAAUAAUGUGGCAAAUCAGAUAACUCAAAAGCCUCCGACCGACACUAGCAUUUCCACAGAAUACGUGGUAAAUAUUACAGAUUCGGAGAUUAUAUUCGCAGAGGAAUGCAGUCGCCUGGACUCGAAUGCAAUCAUUUUGAAAAGUACAACUGUCAUUUGUUAUAAGCCGAAUAGCAAUAUUGUGCCUCUAUCCUUGGACAUUAACCACUUGGAAAUAUUUUCCUGCACCCUGGACGCCGAAGAGGAAAGUGCUUUGUCCAUAAUCGAUCCCUUCACGUUGAUUAUAGAACUGCGGAGUAAUUGCUUGCACAUACUAAUUCAAAAACAUCUAAAUAUUCGACUUUCUUAUGUGGAUGUUAAAUUGUUUUCGAGAAUGGCGCAACUGCUGCCCACACAAACAUCGCGAUCGAAGAACGUUAUAUCCAAGGCUGAUUCGGAUCUGGAGAAGGUGGCCCCGCUCGUGGCGAUGGGCUUCGAGCUUUCCGACUGCCUGUACGCCAUGCAGGUAAAUAAUUGGAGGAUCAACGACGCUGCCAUUUGGCUGUCCCAGCAAAAACAGAACACCCACCGAAAUCCCGCUCUGGAAAUGAAAACCGCUGUGGUGGACGCCAGUCUCAUAUCGGUGUUCAUAAUUGAUGAUUGCAUGGACGCAGAUGUGCCACUGCUAGAGGUUUCGCUCUCGAAGUUCCUGCUCAACUUUACUUUCCAAACCCAGGAUCCCAAUCCCAAGGAGACAAAUAUUCGACACUAUAGCUUGGGUAAUAUCGACACAGAAGUGUCCGUGAACUAUUAUAAUCGUCGUCUGAGUGGAUGGGAGCCAGUGGCAGAGACGUGGGAGUCCAAUUUGAAAUGGAAGUACACCAAGGGUCACCUGGAUAACAAAAAGCGAUUUGAGAUUGGCGUUUCCAGCAAGCAGAUGCUUAAGUUGAAUGUGACAUCCACAUUUAUCGAACUGUUUCACAUGGUUCGGAACAACUGGACAAACGAUUUCAAUGACAAUGCAGCUAAGAACUUUAGACAACGUUCGCCAUUUAUUCCCUUCGCCCUUCAAAACCUCAGCGGAACACCACUUCUAUUUAAACCGAUUUACGCCCCACUUGGCGAUUUGACGUGCUCCGACUUACAGCAGUUUGAAUUGAUUAAGAACUGGUACUCCGUGCAGCCCAACGAAACCAAAACAUUUGAUUUCAGCCAGAAAAGUAAACUCAGACACGUGCACUCUCACCAAUUGAAUCUACACCAGAUUUUCGUACAAAUCCACGGCUGGACAUUGAUCGGACCCAUAUCGGUGGACAAAGUGGGCAUGUUUUUCCGAACCACAAAAUUGGACUCGCAGUUUUUAACGAAAAGCCGGAUAGUUUUCGAUAUAUCCUUGAUUGGAUCUGCCCAGAAGCUCAUCAAAGUGAAGUCAUCGUUGGGCGUGAUAAACAAAAUGGAUCGGAAUGUAUUCCUGAAAAUGUCCUUGAAGGGCACUCACAGCGAUGGACUGAGUUCAAUAAGUGUUAUAAAACCCAAUGACGAACUAUCUGUGCCGCUCAAGUUUAUCGAUGCCUCAUUAUAUGUGGCACAUAAUACGAGUGAGAGCGACGCCUAUGAUGACACUGGUUUUAGCAAUGAGGAAAUCUUGUGGAAAGCCUGCGCAAAGGAGGACACUCGGCAGCUUCUGUUUGGCUACGAUAAUAACAAGAGUGUAGUGUACACUUUGGUGAACAUAAGCAGGGAAAUAUCUCACCUUAAGGAACAGAAUCUACCGGGUCACAAGAUUACGCUUCUGCCACCACUAAAGAUAAACAAUAUGCUCUGCUGUGACCUGAUGUUCAAGAUCCAUGAGCAUGCCACCGGCAGAAUAAACUCAUCGGAAAGUGUUAACAUCUACAACGUCAAUAUUUACCAGUCCCUGAACCUGAGCAUCACACUGGACAACUUUCAGCUUUCUGGCCAACUUAAGAUACCCGUGAACCACAAGGGCGUUAUAGAACCGAAAUUGAAAUUGUUUGACAUUAAAAAGAGGGAGCUGCACUUGCGCGUCUCCAUACAAUCGGUGCAAGGCAAGGGAAUGGAACUUUAUAUCAGUGCUCCUGUUUGGAUAAUCAACAAAACAGGACUUCCCCUCAUUUAUAAACAAGAAGGAACCAAUCAUACAGCAGCUGGGCAAUUCGAGGAGCACGAAACUGCGCGGCAAGUGGCACCUCUAAUGUUCUCAUUUUCGGACCAGGAAGGAUCUCCGGCACUGGUGCUGCGAUUGGGAAAUGCUUAUGGCUCCAACAAUUUGUGGUGCAAAAGUUUUAGUACGCACAAGGAUUUAGCCGACAGGGAUUUGCGUGCAGAAAACACAAGGGGAAGCUAUGCGAUUGGUAUCAGCGUCAGGAGGGGCAGAGGACUCUAUGCUUGUACCACCUUUGUGACGCUGUCUCCCAGAUUCCAUCUGCACAAUCGCAGUGGCUUUAAGCUGGAGUUUAUGCAACUCUGCGACAUUGCUAACUAUGACCGUCCGGAUCCGCGUAAGAUUAUAUCAGCACCUAUCGAUUGCAACUUCGCUUUCCAUUGGCCCAACUGGGAUCAGGAGCAGAUUAUUUGCGUACGAAUUCCGGAGAUCGAGUGCUGCUGUUGGUCAAAGGGAAUUCCCAUUAGGGAUGUGCAAAGCUUGUACAUCAAUGUGCGAAAUGAGUGGGGAGAAAUGUUUUUCCUUCGAUUGGAAAUCAUCUCAAAGGAUGCUACUUUCAUACUUUUAUUCACCGACGCACGAACCUUACCACCACCGAUUCGAAUUGAUAAUUGUUCGGAAGUUGUCAUCAAUUUCUCACAGCUGCGAUCGAAGCCCGUUUGGAUUACGCCAGUUAGGCCGCAAUCCUCCUUAUCCUAUGUCAUGGAUGAUCCAUUGGGUGAACAGAUUUUGCUUAUGGAGGCACCUGGAGGAAACAUGAUAGAGUUCCCGAUCAACAACAAAAACAACACUAAGCAUACAUUAACGUACACCAACUUCAUUUACAUCGCAUUUCAAGGAACUUUUGAGCGAUCGAAUGAGGAGGAAAACACGCACAGGCAAUUGGUGUUGGGCGUACGUGGUAAGAAGGUUGUGAUAGUUGAGAAAAACUCGGGCGAUCGCUCGCAAUUGUGGCUGAUGAACUCGAAUGGCCAAUUGGAGCAUGAAGGAUCCACUCCACCGAUUCAAACGAAUGAUGCGAAUGCAGUGCGACUUGUACUGGAUUUGGAGAAGGCACCGAAUCCCAUGGAGUUCACCAACUUGGUGGUCCGAACACCCAACAAGCAACGAGUUACAACGCAGACAUGGAGAUUUGAGAAUGGCCGAUUAAUGUGCCACGCCAACAUGUGUGUUCAGUCUCGUUUUGGGGAGAGCGGUCUGAAGCCGAACUACGAUGCAGUUGUGGGCCGAACGGAAAAUAAAUCAAGCUCCAGUAAGCAAAUACCGAUCGGGCAACACAUUGUGGCACAGAAACUAAGGCCUGGAUCGGGUCAGCUGGAGCUUUCAACGAGAAUGGAUGGACCCAUAUCCACGAUCGAAAUAUGUGAUAUUAAAAUUAAACAAAAUUCAGUAUUCUUAACACCCGACUUACUAUGGAUGCAUGCGUCUCUGAAUAAUAGGCAAAUUACGGAUAACGGAAAAGUAUCAUUUGUGCAUGAGUAUCUGAUCAAUGUGGAGCUCGUUAAGGGAAUCGGUAUAUCCAUCAUAGCUCGUAAGCCUUGUGAAGAAAUUAUGUUUAUCAGCCUCGAUAAAAUAAACUGCGAUAUAGUGCAGAGUGCUUUGGAAAAUUCCUUAGAUCUGAACAUUGCCUAUAUACAAAUCGAUAAUCAAUUGCUGGAUGCAGCAAGUCCAAUUGCGUUGCACACGCAAACUUCGAAUGAAUACGAUGCAAUUCAAAAUGCUGUGGUUCUCAAACUGAAAAUGUUACCUUCCCCCAAUAAGAACGCAAUCAUUUUCAAGUACUUAACCCUGGAUUUGAAGCCCUCAACUGCGAGUCUGGAGGAGAAACUGAUACUUAAAGUGGCUUCAUUCCUGGGUUAUGGCAAGAUCAACCGCCAGAACUUAAGUGUACAAUACCAAUUUGAGAACACAGAUGAUAAACCUAUUCUGCAGGAUAUGAAGAGAUACUAUUUUGAAAGUUUAUGUAUUGGCCCCACACAGGUUCGUGUUUCAGCAUUCACGUCUUCAAAGUUGCCGGUGGAAUUGCAUGAAACCAAAAAGGCACUUGGACUCACUCUUAUAAAAUUCGAAGAUGCCUUGAUUGAGCUGGACAGGUAUUCGGAUAGAUUGCACUUUCAGACAAUGGACGUUUAUCUGAAGGAAAUGAAGAAACACUACGUCAACCAAGUCAAAUGGCAUGCGGCUGCAAUACUGGGCAGUGUCGAUUUUCUUGGAAAUCCAUUGGGAUUUGCCAACGAUCUUUCUGAAGGUGUAUCUGGACUGAUUUUUGAGGGCUCUGUCAAGAGUUUGGUGAAAAAUGUUACGCAUGGCAUAUCGAAUUCGACGGCGAAGCUAACAGAAACGCUGUCCGAUAGCCUGGGAAAGGUUGUGCUGAAUGAUCACGACAAUGAGACGAGGCAACGCAUUCUGGAACUGCAGUCCAAUACAUCCGGAGGUCACCUUGCAGCGGGUCUGAAGGGACUGGGAUUUGGAUUGUUGGGCGGAGUGACGAGUAUUGUCCGACACACUUACGAUGGUGCCCAGGCCGAUGGCGUUCCUGGCUUCCUCAGUGGACUGGGAAAGGGCUUAGUGGGCACUGUCACCAAACCAAUCAUUGGAGUAUUGGAUCUGGCUUCGGAAACUGCAAGUGCGGUUCGAGAAACAAGCCGAGAUAGUCACAGAAAUGCUCCAGAAAGGAAAAGACUUCCCAGAUGUGUGACUGGUGCUCCUGGCGGUCUUUUGCCAUUGUAUUCCAAUCGCCAAAGCAAGGGACAACAGUAUCUGUACCUUAUCAAUCAAAAAAACUUUUCGGAAAAGAUCAUUUCAUACGAACCCAAUCUGUGGAGCGACAAGCAGGCUAGAUUGCGCUUACUAGUUUCUACCGAAUACGUACGAAUAUUUUCACUAAGCGACAGCAACCCAACCAUUGUGCUUGAAUGCCACGUUAGUGAGAUCCUUUCGUGCCAUCCACUGGUUACUAAUGCCGGCACAACGCCAUCUACGAGUAGCAGGGCGUCAGCGAGUCACUACAUCGAGAUAUCCACCAAUCUUCCAAAAAUUACCAGGCCGAGGAUUCGGUGUCGUUCUGAGGAAUGUGCCGAGGCAGCAUCAAGAUGCAUAAACUACGCUAAGAGUGUCUUUGAUGAACGUGAACAUGCCGUUUUAUAAAAUGCAAUAAGCCGGUUCGUGAUAAUAAACAAAAACCUUUUGACAACAAA